AUGAGAAUGGCGAUAAUGGUCAUUUUGCUGUUCGGACCAGUUACGAUGCGUUGCUGCGUGGCCGCGCUGUUGGUAUCAGCGCUCACCACUCUCGCCGUGGCCGUCGCUGAUGACGCUCACCAUGACGUCAGCGCCCCACAGAAUGACAACGAAGUAGAAUUAACUGAAGAAGACAAAAGAGCGUGGUCCAGCCUACACGGCGGCGGUGGAUGGGGCAAGAGAGGUUGGCAAGAUAUGAGCAGUGCCUGGGGCAAACGUGCCUGGCAGGACCUCAACUCUGCCUGGGGCAAACGUGGCUGGCAAGACAUGAGCAGCGCGUGGGGUAAACGCGCAUGGCAGGAUCUUAACUCUGCUUGGGGUAAAAGAGGCUGGCAAGAUCUGAAUCCCGCCUGGGGCAAGCGUGCUUGGAGGGAUAUGUCUCAGUCGCCUUGGGGCAAGCGAGGCUGGCAAGACAUGUCAUCUGCUUGGGGCAAGCGAGGCUGGAACGACAUGAGCUCUGCUUGGGGCAAGCGAGGUUGGAAUGACAUGAGCUCUGCUUGGGGCAAGCGAGGCUGGAACGACAUGAGCUCAGCUUGGGGCAAGCGUGCACCUGAAAAGUGGGCGAACUUCCACGGCUCCUGGGGCAAACGUGAAACCGACCCUGACUACGAAGAAAUGGACGCGGUCAUUGAACAGUUGAUACCUAUCCAACAGGUCCAGGACAUGGAACGAAUUGAGUCGCCGGAGAAGAAAGCGUGGUCUGCGCUGCAUGGAGCAUGGGGCAAGCGACCAGUCAAACAGGCUCAGUAUAACAGUGGAUCAUAUUACUGGAAGCGCGAGCCCGCCUGGACUAAUUUAAGAGGCAUGUGGGGCAAGCGUUCAGCGCAGUUGGACGUGGACGCAAUAGAUGAUGAACAUGAGAGUGCUCCGCGGGACGAGGCCUAG